AUGACCUCCAAGAAUGACUCUGAUUUAUAUAGAAUCCAUUUGAUUAACGAUAAAAAUUCAUUAAGUUUUUUUCAAUUUCUAUUGAAAGGUUUCUAACAUAAUAAUACAAAUAAAUUAAUAUUUUAUUCAUUUAUUAAUUGCUCUAUUAUGAAAAGGUCCGACUCAAGAUCAUCUGAUAGAUCCUCCAAGUAAAAAGCCAAAAGAGAUCAUAGGAAGAAUUCAAGUUCAUCAAGUAGUUCCAGAAGAGACAAGAAAAAGAAACAGAAAAAAGACAAGAAAGAAAGGAAGGAAAAGAAUUCAUAAAGUAAUUCAAACUUUGUGAAUUUAGAUAUUGUGGCAUCUUAAAAAACUUAAAGAUCGAGAUCCAAAUCUAAAUAGAAAUCGAAGUCUCAUUCUAAAUCUUAACCGAAGGAUGAUCCAAACAUUAUAAAAAAAGGAAGGGGCCACAUGAAUAGUUGCCUUUUUGGUUGGAAGAAUGAAGAUUUUAGUUAAGCCAAUUCUUAUCUGAAAAGAAUUGAUUAAUCCAUCAUGAAAAAAAAACAAAGAUCCCAAGCAAAUAAAGCUUAAGAGCAAGGAUAAGCAAAUAAUGAUAUGAAUGUCAAUUUAGAAAAAAAAGCAGAAGAUUAAUAAGUUGAAAGAAGAAACUAUAGUCAAGGAAACUAUAGAAGAUUUAACAAUUCUAAUUAAAGAAGAUAUGAUAAAAGAGAUAGACGUGAUUACGAUAGAAACCAAAGAAAUGAUAUGAAUGACAGGAAUGAUAGGAAUGAUAGGAAUAAUAGUUUCAAUAGAGACAAAUAUAGAAAUAGAUACAACGAUAGGGAUAGAAAUAAUAAAGACAGAGAUCAAAAAGGAGAUGAUCGAAAUUAGAGAAAUUAUCAAAAUCAUUCAAAAUGGGUCCACGAUGAAUUUGAAAAAGACAAGGAUUAAAAUUCUAAUAACAAUCAAACUAAGCCAAGAGGAUCACCUAUAUACAAAUGA